UUCUUUUACGUCCUUCGAUUAACAGCAACAGGUUCUAAGUACAAAGAAAAUUCUUUAGCAGCCAUUGUACCUUUAACGCGCGGGUCGCGAUCGGCUCAUGAAGUGUUCGAUAAACCAUCAUUUAUUCUGCGUAUCUUAAUAUUUAUUGACAUACUUUCAGCUAUCUGACAGGAUAUCACAAUCAUUACAUGCAAUUACGCCGAAGUCAUUACGUAUAUAAUUAGUAGAAGAAAAUUUAGAUCUAAUUUGCUUAAGAUACGAAAAUGCCUGCACCAGAAGCUGAUUGCCAUAGUCGUAAAGCUAAUUUUAAAUUCAAUUAUAAACAUGAAGAAGCACGUAGAAGAAGAAAUGAAAUAUCAGUGGAAUUACGUAAAGCUAGGAAAGAUGAACAGUUACUAAAACGGAGAAAUUUAAAUAUAGGCAAAGAAUCACAAAACUCUGUGAGUGAAAGUGAUCACUUACUUCUUUCAUCAAUAGAUGAAAUUGUUAAUGGCAUGAAAUCUUUGGAUGAAACAAUUCGACUUCAAGCAACGCAGACAUGUAGAAAAAUGUUAAGCCGGGAAAAAAGUCCACCUAUAGAUAAUAUGAUACAGCGUGGAAUUGUUCCACUAUGUGUUGAAUUUUUGGAUUAUCAUCACAACAAUGCAUUGCAAUUUGAAGCAGCGUGGGCUUUAACGAAUGUAGCAUCUGGUACAACAGAACAAACUCUUGCUGUUAUUAAACAUGGUGCUAUACCAAAAUUGGUUGCAUUACUUAAAUCUGCAUCACCUAAUGUUGCUGAACAAGCCGUAUGGGCACUUGGAAACAUUGCUGGAGAUGGAGCAAUGGCUCGAGAUCUUGUUCUUGGAACUGAUGCUAUGCCACUUUUAUUAGAGUUAAUUAAACCUGACACUUCUAUAACAUUUACACGUAACAUUGUUUGGACAUUAUCAAAUUUGUGUCGUAAUAAAAAUCCUCCACCUCCAUUUGAUGUUGUGAGAACCGCUCUUCCAGUGCUAAAUCGUUUACUGAGCAAUAGUGACAAAGACAUACUUGCUGAUGCUUGCUGGGCUCUUUCAUAUCUUACUGAUGGUCCUAACGAUAAAAUACAAGCAGUUAUUGAUUGUGGGGUUAUCCCAAAACUUGUACAAUUACUCGGUUCAACUGAAGUGACAGUCUUAACACCAGCACUUCGGUCUGUUGGAAAUAUAGUUACAGGCAAUGAUGCACAGACAGAUGUGAUAAUACAAGCAGGUGGUUUACAAUAUUUAGGUUUAUUGCUACAACAUCAUCGCCUCAAUAUUGUUAAAGAGGCAGCAUGGACUAUCAGUAAUAUUACUGCUGGAAACAUGGAACAAAUUCAAGAAGUUAUAAAUGCUGCAUUGUUACCACCUUUGAUACAUGUUCUAGAGUGUGGAGAUUUUAAAUCUCAAAAGGAGGCAGCAUGGGCAGUAACAAAUUUGACAUCAAGUGGAUCAGUACAACAAUUAGCCCAAUUAGUACAAUUGGGAGUGCUUGGGCCAUUUUGCAAUCUUUUAGAAGCUAAAGAUUGGAAAACAAUAAUUGUUGUUCUUGACGGUUUAAGUAACAUCUGCAGUGCAGCAGAAAAAAUGGGAGAAGUUGAUAGAGUAGCUAUUAUGAUAGAAGAAGUUGGAGGUUUGGAUAAAUUAGAAGCUUUACAGCAUCAUGAAGUAGAACAAGUAUAUCAAAAAGCUACUGCAAUGAUAGAUACUUUCUUCUCAGAACCUGAGGCACAGGAAUCAACAUUGGCAACACCUGCAGUAGCUGAUGGUCAGUUGGAGUUUAAAACAACUGAAACUGCACAGAGCGGAUUCAAUUUUUAAAACCCCUUGAUCAGUUUUACGUCAUUUAAUAUACUAGUGUGUGUUUCAGUUCAUUUUGUAAAUAGAUUUACAUCCUUCUGUCGUUAAAAAUGAACAUUAAAAACGAAAUUUUCUGUCUCUUUCA